AGGCGAUAGCCAAUUCCGGAUUCUUUCCAAAGUGAUGCGUUGGUAACGUGUUUGAAUGGGGUUGUUCAAUAAGUACAAAUAUAAUUCCAAUAGCUGAAUAAUAUUUAAAUGUUUCAAACUUGGACUAAACGCCUAAAUCUGUAUUACAGAUUUUGCAAACUAUUCGUCUUAUUAGUAACAACUGUUAGUGUCAUAUAAUCAAUAUGAAAUGUGAAUAUUGCUAAAACGUCUAACCUACAUUUUAUCUAAGUCCAUGUAUAUAAGUGAGGUUAACCGCUGGUCCUGCAUUAAUUAUUUUUUGGAAAUAUGAGUGUCAUGUUCAGAGGGUAUCAAAAUUUGUUAAAGAAAUUUCCACUUGGGAUGCAAGCCAUUCAAGCUGGAACUUUGAUGGGCUUAGGAGAUCAACUUGCUCAAAAUGUUGUUGAGCGUAGAAAAUUUGAAAAUUUAGAUUUUAUCCGUACAGCUCAAUUUUUUGGUAUUGGAUUUUUCAUCGGGGGACCUGCUACUAGGACCUGGUAUGGAAUAUUAGACAGGCAUUUUGGAUCUAAAGGUGGAACAGUGGCUUUGAAAAAAGUUGCAUGUGAUCAACUUCUCUUUGCACCAAGUUUCAUAGUCAUCUUAUUAAGCACCAUUAGUGCUUUACAAGGAGGAAAUAUGGAAGAUAUUAAAAGUAGAUUGAAAAACGAUUAUAUUGAUAUACUCAAAAAUAAUUAUAAGCUAUGGCCAGUGGUUCAACUAGUAAAUUUUGCUCUUGUCCCUUUACACUAUCAGGUGUUAGUGGUACAAUCAGUUGCUGUAUUAUGGAAUACUUAUAUUUCUUACAGAACUAACAGAGAUACACAACCACUACAUUAAAAAAUUAUUUUAAUUAAAUUAAACAUACUACCAUGAGACAAAAACUAAAUAUUACUUUGACAUGCAGAGUAAUAUGUGUAUAAUACUAUUCCCAAAAACAAAUACAAAGCAUUUGUCAGAGCCAUUUCCAACUUGGAAAAAAAUUUAAUGCGAAACCCCCUUCAAUAUGUAUAUGAACUAUUACAAUGGAUGUGUAUUGAUGAAUAAUAAAUGAUUACGUAUCAUUGUAUAAA